AUGCUAGUUAACAAUAUUUGUUAUUCUUACAACAAUUGUAAUGAGUUUGCUUUAAGUAACAUAAACAUUCAGGUUAAAAAGGGAGCUGUUGUGUGUUUGCUUGGGCAUUCUGGUUGUGGGAAGUCAACUAUUCUGAAGUUAAUUGCGGGAAUAGAAAAUCCUGGAUCUGGAUCUAUCGUAAUUAAUGAUAGAUUAGUUGCAAGUAAUAAAGCAUCUGUUGCUAUAGAGGAGAGAAAUAUCGGGUUAAUUUUUCAACAUUCUGCAUUAUUUCCCCAUAAAACAGUAAUAGAGAACAUAAUUUUUGCUAUUAAAAAUCUUUCCAAAAAAGAAAAAUAUAAUAUUGCUUUAGAAAUUUUAAAGCUGUUAAAUAUAGAAAAAUAUGAAAAUGCAUAUCCUCAUGUUUUAUCUGGAGGGCAACAACAGUUAGUUGCAAUAGCAAGAGUAAUAGCGCAAAAUCCCGAUAUUGUAUUGCUUGAUGAACCAUUCUCUAAUCUAGAUAUACUGCUGAAACGUCAAAUAAGACAAUAUAUACUGUCACUUUUUAAAAAGAAAAAUAUUCCCGUAUUAAUGGUGACUCAUGAUCCACAAGAACCAUUGGAAGUGGCAGAUUUUAUUUACGUGAUGAGAAAUGGUAAAAUUAUCCAAUCAGGAGCUUCAAGUGAUAUAUAUAAUGUACCUAAGGCCGAUUGUGUGCUGCAGUAA